AUGACUACCUCGUCGUCAGGGAGCGUCGAGACGUCGACCAACUCGAGGCCGGGCUCCUUCUCCUUCGGGAGCGCGAGCUUCACUGAAAUGCUGGGCGGCUCCGCCGCGGCCGGCGGCGCGUCCGGGUACAAGGCCCUGACCCCGCCUUCCCUGCCGCUCUCGCCCUCGCUCAUGUCCCCGUCGUCCUUCUUCAGCAUGCCCGCCGGCAUGAACCUCGCCGACUUCCUCGACUCCCCGGUGCUCCUCACCUCCAGUAUCUUCCCGUCACCCACGACGGGCGCGUUCGGGUCGCAGUUCAACUGGCGGCCGGAGGCGCCGACGCCGAGCGCCGCCGAGCAGGGCGGCAAGGAGGAGCAGAGGCAGCCCUACUCCGACUUCUCGUUCCAGACGGCGCCGGCGAAUGGCGAGGAGGCCGCGCGUGCGACGACGACGACGACUAGCUUACAGCCACCGGUUGCGGUGGCGUCACAGGGGGAGGAGGCGUACACAGGCCAGCAGCCGCAGCAGCAGGCAUGGGGGUACGGCCAGCAACAAGAAGGCAUGGACGCGAGUGGCGCCAACCCGGCGAGCUUCGGCGCGCCGGCGCUCCAGGCGACCUCGUCGGAGAUGGCGCCUGCCGGCGCGUACAGGCAGACGCACUCGCAGAGGCGGUCGUCGGACGACGGGUACAACUGGCGCAAGUACGGGCAGAAGCAGGUGAAGGGGAGCGAGAACCCCCGCAGCUACUACAAGUGCACCUUCCCCAACUGCCCCACCAAGAAGAAGGUGGAGACCUCCCUGGAGGGCCAGAUCACCGAGAUCGUCUACAAGGGCACGCACAACCACGCCAAGCCGCUCAACACGCGCAGGGGCUCCGGCGGCGGCGCGGCCGCGGCCCAGGUGCUGCAGAGCGGCGGCGACGCGUCCGAGAAUUCCUUCGGAGGGAUGGUCACCACGCCCGAGAACUCCUCGGCGUCCUUCGGGGACGACGAGAACGGUGUAAGCUCGCCGCGGUCUGGCAACGUCGGCCGUAACGACAACGACGAUGAUGAGCCGGAUUCCAAGAGGAGGAGAGACGGUGGUGACGGCGAGGGAAUGAACAUGGCCGGCAACCGGACGGUGCGGGAGCCGAGGGUGGUCGUCCAGACCAUGAGCGACAUCGACAUCCUCGACGACGGGUACCGGUGGAGGAAGUACGGGCAGAAGGUGGUGAAGGGCAACCCGAACCCGCGGAGCUAUUACAAGUGCACCACGGUGGGGUGCCCCGUGCGGAAGCACGUGGAGCGCGCGUCCCACGACCUGCGCGCGGUGAUCACCACGUACGAGGGCAAGCACAACCACGACGUGCCGGCCGCCAGGGGGAGCGCCGCGCUCUACCGCCCCGCGCCACGGGCGGCGGACAGCACCGCGAGCACCGGCCACUACCUGAACCCGCAGCCGUCCGCCAUGGCGUACCAAGCCAACGCCGCCCCCGCCGUGGCCGGGACACAGCAGUAUGCGCCGAGGCCCGACGGGUUCGGCGGCCAGAACCAGGGCUCGUUCGGCUUCAACGGCAGCUUCGGCUUCUCCGGGCCCGGGUUCGACAACCCGACGGCGUCGUACAUGAGCCAGCACCAGCAGCAGCAGAGGCAGAACGACGCGAUGCACGCGUCGAGCGCCAAGGAGGAGCCGAGGGAGGAGGACAUGUUCUUCCAGAACUCCCAGUACUGA